CGAGGGCCGUGAGGGAGCCGGUGGCUGACGGGAUACUGGCGGACCUCGACGGAGGAAGAUGGCGGUGUUGGUGAGGAUGGGAGCCGGAUUGUUGUGUGGCUUGGUGCGGAGCCUGAGGGUCUCGGAGCCGGUCAGGACGGUGACGGGCACCGCCGUGCUUUGUAAACGUGCAGCUCCACUGGGGCCAAUGCCCAAUGAAGACAUCGAUGUGACAAACCUGGAGUCCCUCGAAAAGUAUCGUAGUUAUGCUCGAUAUCUGCAGGUGGCAGAGGAGAAGAGCCGACAGCCAACCUGGUGGAAGACGUAUAAGCAGUACACACAGGAACCUGCUUCGGAGAAAAUUGACAUUGGUCUCCCUCAUUUUAGAGAAUCUCGGAAGAAGCAACUGAGGGAGCGCAGGCACGUCACCAGGGAAAACCACAAAAACGGUGAUCUUGAAAGGCAAGCACGACAUAGGACGUUGUCAGUUUCCCUGGAGGAGGUGAAAGCUGAAUGGGAGAGAACAAACGGGCCUUUCCACUUGCGGAAAAUUGGCGAACACUUUGCUGUUUAUAGAGACCUGUUCGAUGGAGCGACGUUUGUUCCCCGUGUGAUGCUUCGUGUUCAAUAUGACUGCGAUAAUGAUGCUGUGCCAGUAUAUCACGGGAAUGUGGUCACCCCCACAGAGGCUUUAUAUUCUCCAAAAGUGUGUUUUGAAGCAGAAGAAAGGUCCCUUUGGACACUGCUGCUCACCAAUCCAGAUGGACAUCUGAGAGACAAUGAAUCCGAGUAUGUCCACUGGUUGGUUGGUAAUAUACCUGGGAAUGCUGUAUCAGAGGGUGAGGACAUCUGUCACUAUUUUCCCCCUUUCCCUGCCAAAGGUACGGGAUAUCACCGCUGCAUCUUCAUCCUUUUUAAGCAGGAUGAUGUAAUUGACUUCAAAGAAGACUUCAGACCAUCACCCUGUCACAGUCUGAAGAUGCGAACCUUUAAGACUUGUGAUUUUUACAAGAAACAUGAGGAUCAGCUGACUCCAGCUGGACUGGCUUUCUUUCAGUGUCGAUGGGAUGAGUCAGUCACACGCACCUUCCACAAUCUGCUUGAUAUGAAGGAACCAGUGUUCGAAUAUGACUUCCCUCCAGUUUACCAUCCGCCUCAGAAGAAAUACCCGCAUGGUCAGCCACUCCGUUACCUGGAUCGCUACAGAGACAGCCACGAGCCUACCUAUGGAAUCUACUGAUCUGGCAUCGGCUUUUCAGGAAACUCCCAGGCCCUGGCAGCUCAAGCUGAGGCCUACCGUCCAAAGUUGUUUUCCAAGCCUCCCUUCUUCAGCUCAGCAGCAAUCCUUUAACAACUCCACAUGACCACUUGUGAAAAAACACAUGUAACGAUGGAGCAGAAAUAAAUAUUUUUCUAAUA